AGCCAGCAGGCGCGCCACGGGUCGUCGCCUGCAAAACCCUGCGCCCUUCUCCACUGGCGGGCUCGCGCGCGAAGCCCUUCCUGCCCAUCCCACGCGCCCACAGCUCAACUGCCCAUCCAUUUCUCCCUCCCUGUAUCUCUCUCUCUCUCUCCAAUCCGCCUCUCCAACUGCAGAUUUCUCUCCCCGGCCUUUCCCUUUGCGGGCGUGGAGGGCGCGGGGAAUCCUUUUCUGUUCCGCGCCCUCGUCCGUCCUCCCCUUUUUCUCCGCCUUUUCUUUCCUUUUUCGCCGCGCGCGCGCAUGCACGACUGGGUUUGACGCCGCCGCCGCCGCCGCCAGGGGAAUGGGGGACGCGUCCACCUCCGGCCCCGCCACGCCCACCUCCACCCUCAUCUGCCUCGAGGACGGCAACGACCUCUUCGUCGACGACGACGGCGACAGCCCCGCCGCCGCCGCCGAUUUACGCCUCGCCGCCGCCGGCGACGACGACGCACGUCUCCUCCUCCUCGACACGGACGACGAGUACGUCGCGCUCAUGCUCUCCAAGGAGGGCGGCGGUUGCGGCGCCGGGGGCGAGGAGACGAUGGACGAGUGGACCAAGGCCGCGCGCGCCGCGUGCGUCGACUGGAUCGUCAAGACGAACGCGAGGUUCCUGUUCAGCGGCAACACGGCGUACGUCGCGGUGACGUACCUCGACCGGUUCCUGGCGCAGCGGCGAGUCGAUACGGGGCAGGGGUGGGCCCUGGAGCUCCUGGCGGUGGCGUGCCUCUCGCUGGCGGCCAAGCUGGAGGAGCACCGGGCGCCGCGGCUGCCGGAGCUGGGGCUGCUGGUGGACGGCUACGACUUCGACAGCGCCUCCAUCACGCGGAUGGAGCUCCUCGUCCUCGCCACGCUCAACUGGCAGAUGAUCGCCGGCACCCCGUUCCCGUACCUCGGCUGCUUCGCCGCCAGGCUCCGCCACGACGACCGCAAGGCGAUCGUCCUCGGCGCCGUCAGGUGCAUCUUCGCCUCGAUCAAAGCGAUGAGCUCGGUGGAGUACCAGCCGUCCACCAUUGCGCUGGCAUCGAUCCUCGUCGCGUGCGGCGCCAACAAUAAGGAGGAGGGGACGACAUCUCCCGACGUAGAUGAGGAGCUCAAGGCGAUCUUGGGCUCAUCAUGGCAGCAAUUACACACCGGGCAUGUGUAUUCCUGCUACAGAGUGAUGAUUCGGGAGGAGGACAGGUCCAUGCAGCAAUCGAGCAGGGAGGUGGCUUCCUCCGGCGUCUCCGUUGCCCACAUCGGAAUGAGCUCAGACAGCUCCUCCAUUGCCAUGGGCGCCAAUAACAACAACAACAACAACAAUAGUAAUAGUAAUGCCACGACCUCGACGGAGGCAACCCCGGACAAUAAGAGGAAAAGGCUGCAUUCACCUUAGCGGCACCAGGAGGGAGGAGCUGGGAUGUUUGGUUGGAGUCCAGCUCGCACUCUAGCUAAUUUCUUUCACCCCUUUUUUUUUUGUUUCUCAGCAUUGUUUUCCCAGGGGGGUGUGGCUAAAUAGGGGGGCGGAUUUGAUUCUACUGAUUGUGCAAUUAUUACAGUUGAUUGAUAAGUCAGGAUUGGAAAGAUUUUGGUUUUGAGGAGAUCUUUCCCAGGCUUAAAAGGCAGUGUAAAGAGGAGAGAGAGAGAGAGAGAGAGAGAGAGAGUGAGAAAGGCCAAGUACUGCUCAAAAGAAAAGAGCUCUUGCUCAAAGUGAGAGCAAAGCCUAGGUAUGAGUGGGGAAUUAUUUUUUUCCUUGUGUGCGUGAAUACUGUGCCAGCUAGCUUGGCCUAUCCUCUCGUCUUUUUUGGUUAAUCGACUGCCACUCCACAGUGGUAAAUACUUAACCAGAUCUUUCAUAUGAUAAUGGCCUGCUCCUCUCUGUUGAGUCAUGCCAUUUUGGCUCAUUUGGCAUGUUCUUCAGAUGCUGAACCAAACUCUACUGCCUCUCUCUCCUCUUCUUCUCGGGCCCGUGUGCAAUUGCUGCUGAGCAAUGGGUAGUUGGGAGUUGUUCCUCUGUUGCUUUGUGGAUGAGAGGAACCGUGCUCCGCCUCCUGCCUUCCUCAUGCUGCUAGCUGCCAUGCCAUGUCAUCAGUAUUCAGAUCACCAGCUCUGCUAUUUGCAACAAUGGCUUGCUGUAUUUGUGUGUAUCAUGCAGUGCAGAAUUUCUACUUGCACAAAGCCAUACAGCGGGGGUGAAAUAGGCCGUGAAGAUGUACAGACUACAGGCCCCCCAGCUCACACCAGCUGUUGCCGAGCUUCUGUUUGUUUAUGUGGCAGCAUGUGAGGAGUGCAUCUGUUCCUCGUCUCUUUUUCACUGCCUUCAAGAAGAGAGACUGUAGUGUGUUCCUGUGAAAUGUUUCAAGUACAGGAGCUGCAUGUGUGUCAGGAUCUUGACCAAAGAAACCCCUCCUCCCAUUGCAUGAUCAGAGAUGGCUGUGGAUGGACGGAUGACCCUGCACUGCAUUUCUUUUAGCCUUGCCCCCCUUGCAGUCAGAAGCAGUGGAGUACUAGUAGCAAUGAGACAUGACCUAGUUGAAAAUUUCGGUGUACUGCCUUUGCUGUGCUGUCUUGGUCUGGCACCACGUAAAAAAUUAGUUCUGGAAUUUUAUCCCAAGUGGUUGCUUGUUGCAGUGUUUCUUGUGCCGUAGAGUUGUAGGAGUAGGAGUAACAAUGCUUUGCUUGACUGGUAAAAAACAUCUUGUACUGGCACUGGGUGACAGUGGUGAUGGAAGCAAGCUGCUUGUGUGUCAAUCAGCUGUGAUGUGGAGAUAAGUCUGGGUGCCAAAAGAAGCUAACUGCCAAGCCUGUGCAGCCGCACACACUAUUCUGUGGUGUAUCUGCUGAUGCUAGCAUGCUAACAGAUUCAUGGUCGAAGUUAGUAGGUACUAGUAUUUUCAUGGCAACUUCCACAGAAGCACGUUUUAGAGAUAAUCAGGGCAUUGUCACAACGGAUGAAAAAAACAAUUGUAGUUUCCCCCCCAAAGAGACUCAUCACAACAGUUUCGUUGCGUGUAACGUGAGUUCAUAGAAAAAAAUUCGCCCGUUAAAAGCACAAGGAUGGCGACACAUAAGUCAAUCCAAACAGCGUUGUCAAAGGUGUACAUCAAACGGAUGCCCCCAGUACAUUAGGUUGGUGCAAAUUUAUCAGGCGAGUCAUAUACAGUUCCAAGUUCCACCAUU